UUCAGUAUCAAUCUGAAGCAAAAUAGAGAGAUUUAGAGUGUGAGAAAAUGGGGAAAUCGACGACGACGACGGAUGUCCACGCACUCUUUCACUCUCUUCGUUCUGCCUACGCCGCAACCGCUAAUCAUCUCAAGAUCAUCGAUCUCUACAUUGUCUUCGCGAUCGUCACCGCUGUGAUUCAGGUUGCUUACAUGGCUAUUGUUGGAUCAUUCCCAUUUAACUCAUUUCUUUCUGGUGUACUUUCAUGCGUGGGAACUGCUGUCCUUGCUGUUAGUCUCCGAAUUCAAGUAAACAAAGACAACAAGGAAUUCAAGGAUCUACCUCCUGAGCGUGCUUUCGCGGAUUUUGUACUCUGCAAUCUAGUGCUUCAUUUGGUUAUAAUGAACUUCCUAGGAUAAGUCAAUGUCCAGGAAAAGACACGAACUCAUUUGGGAUUUGAAUUGUACUCUGGUAGAAUCAUUGUGAUCGAUUUAUUAGAAGUUUUUGCUGUUACAUUGGAUAUUUCAUACAAGAAAACUGAGAGAAUAGAAUGUACUAGUAAUAUUUUGACUAAACGAAAUAGGAGUACUAUGUUUUUGAGCCAUCUUUUA